UGGCGCAGUUUGGCGGCCGGUGGAUUAAUUGAAUGCCUCGCAGUGUCGUGUUAACUACAAAGUAAUGUGUUAAUUUCGAUUAACCUACGGCGUACGGAGUAUUUGUUGUCAAUUUAGUGUAUAAUCACCAAACUUAGAAGAUGUACGCAGUGGAAGAUGAUCAGUACGACGACGAAGACGUGGAGGAAAUCUCAACAGAACUGUGGCAAGAGGCCUGCUGGAUAGUGAUAAACACAUACUUUGACGAAAAGGGACUGGUGCGUCAGCAGCUGGACAGUUUUGACGAGUUUAUACAAAUGUCUGUACAAAGAAUAGUUGAGGAUUCACCUCAGAUCGACCUGCAGGCUGAGGCUCAGCACACAUCUGGAGAAAUCGAGAAUCCUGUUAGACACCUGCUCAAAUUUGAACAAAUCUAUCUCUCCAAACCGACACAUUGGGAAAAAGAUGGAGCCCCAUCACCCAUGAUGCCCAAUGAAGCUAGACUAAGAAAUCUCACCUAUUCUGCACCCCUUUACGUCGAUAUUACCAAAACUGUUGUCAAAGAUGGAGAGGACCCAAUAGAAACGCAACAUCAGAAGACUUUCAUUGGAAAGAUUCCUAUCAUGUUGAGAUCGACUUACUGUCUCCUUUCUGGUCUGACAGAUCGUGAUUUAACUGAAUUAAACGAAUGCCCUUUAGAUCCUGGUGGUUAUUUUAUCAUAAAUGGUUCUGAGAAGGUUCUCAUUGCGCAAGAAAAAAUGGCCACAAAUACUGUGUAUGUGUUUAGUAUGAAGGAUGGAAAGUAUGCCUACAAAGCAGAGAUUCGAUCCUGUCUGGAGCACAGCUCUCGGCCGACGUCAACUCUGUGGGUAAACAUGAUGGCGAAAAGUGGCGCAAGUAUUAAAAAAUCGGCUAUUGGACAGAGAAUAAUAGCUAUACUUCCGUACAUAAAACAAGAAAUACCAAUAAUGAUUGUGUUCAGAGCAUUGGGGUUUGUGGCGGACCGUGACAUCCUCGAGCACAUUAUAUAUGACUUUGACGAUCCAGAAAUGAUGGAGAUGGUGAAACCGUCGCUGGAUGAAGCGUUCGUUAUACAAGAACAGAACGUGGCCCUGAAUUUCAUUGGUACAAGGGGUGCGAGACCUGGAGUGACAAAGGAGAAGCGUAUAAAGUACGCAAGGGAGAUAUUGCAAAAAGAAAUGCUGCCCCACGUGGGCAUAAGUGAUUUCUGUGAAACAAAGAAAGCCUAUUUCUUGGGAUACAUGGUACACAGGCUGCUCUCAGCCUCGUUGGGCAGAAGGGAACUGGACGAUCGAGAUCACUACGGAAACAAAAGACUGGAUCUAGCUGGACCGCUGUUAGCGUUUUUGUUUAGAGGAUUGUUCAAGAAUCUCAUGAAGGAGGUGAGAAUGUACGCCCAAAAGUUUAUCGAUAGAGGAAAAGACUUUAACCUGGAGCUGGCCAUCAAGACUAAGAUAAUUACAGAUGGUUUGAGAUACUCGCUAGCGACGGGAAACUGGGGAGAUCAGAAAAAGGCUCACCAAGCAAGAGCCGGUGUUUCCCAGGUGUUGAACAGGCUUACUUUUGCCUCAACUUUGUCCCAUUUGAGGAGAGUGAAUUCGCCCAUUGGCAGAGAUGGGAAACUGGCUAAACCACGUCAGCUGCACAAUACUUUAUGGGGAAUGUUGUGCCCUGCCGAGACACCGGAAGGUGCAGCUGUAGGUUUGGUCAAGAAUCUGGCUCUGAUGGCGUACAUCAGCGUUGGAUCACAGCCAUCGCCGAUUCUCGAAUUCUUAGAAGAAUGGUCAAUGGAAAAUCUUGAGGAAAUUGCUCCCAGUGCGAUUGCUGAUGCGACAAAAAUUUUCGUCAAUGGUUGCUGGGUUGGAAUACACAGAGAUCCAGAACAGCUCAUGGCCACGUUGAGAAAACUCAGAAGACAGAUGGACAUUAUCGUCUCUGAAGUAUCUAUGAUCAGAGACAUCAGGGACCGAGAGAUUAGGAUUUACACAGAUGCUGGGCGAAUUUGCAGGCCGCUUUUAAUCGUCGAGAACCAAACGUUACUGCUCAAAAAACGCCACAUUGACAUGCUCAAGGAAAGAGAAUAUACCAACUACGGGUGGCAGGUGUUGGUCGCUAGCGGAGUUGUUGAGUACAUCGAUACGCUAGAAGAGGAGACCGUGAUGAUCGCAAUAUCGCCAGAGGAUCUCCGACAAGAGAAGGAGUACGCGUACUGCACAACUUACACCCACUGUGAAAUUCACCCUGCUAUGAUUCUCGGGGUGUGCGCUUCCAUCAUUCCAUUCCCCGAUCACAAUCAGAGUCCCAGGAACACCUAUCAAAGCGCUAUGGGUAAACAAGCAAUGGGCGUUUAUAUUACGAAUUUCCACGUCCGAAUGGAUACCUUGGCGCACGUUUUAUACUAUCCCCACAAACCUUUGGUAACAACAAGAUCGAUGGAAUAUUUACGGUUCAGAGAACUACCUGCUGGGAUAAACAGUAUUGUGGCUAUUCUCUGCUACACGGGAUAUAAUCAGGAGGAUAGUGUUAUCCUGAACGCCAGCGCGGUGGAAAGAGGAUUCUUCAGGUCCGUUUUCUACCGUUCUUACAAAGACUCCGAGUCCAAGAGAAUCGGGGACCAAGAAGAACAGUUUGAGAAACCGACAAGACAAACGUGUCAAGGGAUGAGAAACGCGAUUUACGACAAAUUGGACGACGAUGGUAUUAUCGCGCCGGGAAUUCGAGUGUCUGGCGACGACGUCGUCAUUGGCAAGACUAUUACACUCCCCGAAACAGACGACGAGCUCGACAGUACGACAAAACGAUUUACGAAAAGAGACGCGUCAACCUUUUUGCGCAACAGUGAAACUGGAAUUGUUGAUCAAGUCAUGCUGACGUUGAACAGCGAGGGCUACAAGUUCUGUAAAAUUCGAGUGCGCAGCGUCCGGAUCCCACAGAUCGGUGACAAAUUCGCUUCUCGUCAUGGGCAGAAAGGUACUUGUGGUAUUCAGUACAGGCAGGAGGACAUGCCGUUUUCGUGCGAGGGGUUAACACCAGACAUCAUCAUUAAUCCUCACGCCAUUCCGUCGCGUAUGACAAUCGGUCACUUGAUCGAGUGCAUCCAGGGAAAAGUAUCUGCAAAUAAAGGUGAGAUCGGCGAUGCAACGCCCUUCAACGAUGCCGUGAACGUACAAAAAAUCUCCACGCUUCUUCAAGAAUACGGAUAUCAGCUCAGAGGUAAUGAAGUUAUGUACAACGGACACACGGGUCGUAAAAUAAAUGCCCAAGUCUUCCUUGGUCCGACUUAUUAUCAGCGUUUGAAGCAUAUGGUGGACGAUAAGAUUCACAGCAGAGCCAGAGGGCCCGUACAAAUUUUGGUCAGACAGCCUAUGGAGGGUAGGGCGAGGGAUGGUGGACUACGAUUCGGGGAGAUGGAACGUGACUGUCAAAUAUCUCACGGAGCGGCGCAAUUCCUUCGAGAGCGUCUCUUCGAAGUGUCGGACCCGUACAGAAUUCAUAUCUGUAAUAUCUGCGGCCUAAUCGCCAUUGCGAAUCUUAGGAACAACACGUUCGAGUGCAAAGGGUGCAAGAACAAGACUCAAAUUUCACAAAUCCGACUGCCCUAUGCAGCAAAACUACUUUUCCAGGAAUUAAUGGCUAUGAAUAUAGCCCCGCGACUUAUGGUCAUUUGAAGAGGAGAUUUCUAGGUGAUGCUGUGUCGCUGGGUUAUUCGGCAAGCAUUCGGUACUUUGUCAGUACUUCUGAUGUCGAGCCUUACGAAUCAUACAACAAUUCGUGUUUCAUUUUUAUCGACACACGUAUUCUUAAACGUCCAAUUUUAUUUUCCUCUGUAUUGCGGGCUGGAACUUCACAAUCAAUAGUGAUUGGAUCGAUCGAACAAAUUCUUACAAUCGCUAAUUCAUCGAUUAUAUGUGUAGCCAAGAUUAUUUGUUGAACAUCCUAACUUAGGUACGGAUGUGGUUUUUAACACAACAAAGAAAGAGAGAAGGACAAAAUGGAAAUCGAAAUAGUUAUUUUCUGAUUAUUAUUUAUGAAUUGUCAAAAUUGAGAAUAAAUAAUAUUAUUGAUAA